CCUUUUCAUGUUCACAAAUCAAUUAUAGUCAUGGCACACCGUAUUCAUAACAAUAUAUCCGUUCUGUGGCAACUAUAAUAUUCGGGCAAUAUCAUGUAUUAUACACCCGGCUCCCCGCUGAAAGCUGCAAUUGUGAGGUGCUAAUAAUGUCUGUAAGCAAGACAGAUAUUACUUGUUAUUGACUGGGUGCACUGUGGAGCAAGGCGAAGGAGGACUGUCAAUCGAUCAAUAAGCGGAGAGCCUUGGAUGAACCACGGGAUGUUCCAUUGCUAUCUCUGUUUUUAAUUAAUAACGAGACUGGGACGGUGAUGGUAUGGUUAUAGCCUAUACGCAAAUCAGUGAGUGUUGGACAUAUGGAAUUAUCACUGUGAACAGUAUUGAUGAUUGGUGUAGACUCUUUUAGUUGUGUUGUUUAAUUCGACUGUUAAAAACUGUGUUUACAACCGCUACCAAAGGACUCACGGUUUUAAGUUACAUAUUCUUGGGACUAGUGGCGUGGUUUUUAAGAACCAAGAUGAUAUACUAGUAGACAGUUCAAAUCUGAAGCACCUUUCUACUUGAUGAAUAGACCUAUAUAUAUAUAUACUGAGCAUGCCAGUUGGAACACCGUUUGCCAAGAGCUGUAUAUGCGUGGGAAUACACCAAGACAACAAGAGUACAAUAAAUCAACAUGUAGACAUCGAAAGCCUUGAUCGACAAGGACCACUUUGAACAUACUGAAGAUCUAGGCGAAAAAUUAUUUGCCACGCCAUUCACGAUGUAAUUAGAUUUCAUAUGGUAUCUCGAUCGAAAAAGUGAUUUGCUAAUUCUUUAAGAACCAUAGAGAACGAAACCAAGCAUGAUGCGAAACGGUCCCAGCAGUGACAAGGUGGAGCUUCUUGGGGAUACAUCACCCAUCAACCACCGAUUAGAUCCUGCAGUCGAGUUACCCAACCAGAUACCCGUCACUUCAGAAAUCCCCAAGUCCUCUGCGAUAUGCAACGCAACUGUGAAAUGGAAGUCUCGAAUAUCGACGACCCAGGCCCCGGACAGGAAUCUGCUGGACGCGCCGCCAUCUCCUGCAAAACGAGCAGCAGGAGCGGUAGAUCAUCCAGAGACCAGAGAGAAGAAUCCGGAGGUGGUCAUCACCGCUGUCGGCUCCGAGUCCAGCGUCCAUACCGGAAGUGGGUUGAUGAAGAAUGACAAGCCAACGGAUGUUGACAACCUCAGUCAGAACUCGGUCUGGACCAGGCAAUCUAGGAAUGGAUCCAUCCAGGGUUCAGGUUCGAGACCUAGCUCAAGGAACUCACUGGCAUCCGGUCGAGUGGCAUCUGCUUUCAUCGCCAUGGGGACGGGGGCAUCGUUCACUGAGUUGCCUAAAGGUGGAACGGGUGAUGGUCAGCAGCAGGUGUCUCGGGUCAACUCGGUGGACAAUCCUCUCCUGGCUGCUAUUCCGUAUCUUCCAGUCAAAUUGGCUUGGAUCCUUCUCUUAUUCAACAUUUUUGUGCCAGGUUUAGGUACGAUACUGGCAGGUAUUAGUAUGCUAUGUUGUGGAACCCGGCAACAGAACAACAAACAAGAUGAUGAAAUAGGUCUGUGUUGUACGAAUAUCUUCGUGGGCGUGUCACAGCUUUUCACCGUAACCUUCCUCCUGAUUGGCUGGAUAUGGAGCAUCACGUGGGGAGUCUACAUGGUAGUCUUUGCAAGUAAGCCCAAUUACAAUACUUUCCCUUUUCACGCUUAUGUCGUAAAUACAUGUCAAACGUACAAACUUCCCAUGACUGCCACAAUCGUAAGGCCAGACUUUGUUAUUUAA